GAAGGUUCCAACCGCUCAAGCUCGUCAGGGUCUACUUGGACUCAAGCUCAAGCUCGGGCCUCUCUGCGCUCAAGUGGGUCUGGCAACCCCGGCUGGCAAUUGUCGUCAUGAAGCUGCCUAGUGGGUAGGGAGGCCGGGGCUUGUCCAACCUAGCUUUCGCCGCCAUCGCCUUCCAACAUCGAGACAACACACCUUCAACCAUCUCCCAAAACCUCCGGACUGCAAAACGGCCCUCAGGUUUCCUUCCAUCUCCAUCUCCCUUCCUUCGUAUCCCAUUCCCCCAGGUCAACAAGAUUCUGAAUCUUUGAUCUCCCACACACACCACCAUUUCCAUUAGGACCGUCGCUUGGCCUUGAGCUACCGACGUCUUACCGGCAAACCGCCAGCACAUCUCCCGAGCUCUCAACAAACCACGCCUUCGUUUGCACAUCCAUAUCUUCCUGCAAGCAAACAGUCAAGAUGGCCCCUGAACCCAACCCAGACCACACCGAGAAGAAGAGCCAUUUGAUGGACGCUUCUGGCGCCGAGCGCAAGGAAGAGGAUGACACCGCAACCGCCAUCCUCAAGAAGAAGAAGAAGCCCAACCAGCUUAUGGUUACCGAUGCCGUCAACGAUGACAACUCCAUCAUCGCCCUCUCAAACAACACCAUGGACGCUCUCCAGCUGUUCCGUGGCGAUACCGUCCUUGUCCGAGGCAAGAAGAGGAAGGACACCGUGCUUGUUGUCCUCGGUGAUGAUGACCUCGAUGAUGGCAGCUGUCGUCUGAACCGCGUGGUCCGACACAACCUCCGUGUGAAGCACGGCGAUAUUAUCACCAUCCACGCCUGCCCCGAUAUCAAAUAUGCCAAGAGAAUCGCGGUUCUGCCGAUCGCCGACACAGUCGAAGGUCUCACCGGCUCUCUAUUCGACGUUUUCCUUGCCCCAUAUUUCCGAGAGGCUUACCGGCCAGUCCGCCAAGGCGACCUUUUCAUCGCCCGUGGAGGUAUGAGAGCAGUCGAGUUCAAGGUCGUCGAGGUUGACCCCCCCGAGUACGGUAUCGUCGCCCAGGACACAGUCAUCCACUGCGAGGGCGAGCCGAUCCAGCGUGACGAGGAGGAGAACAACCUGAACGAAGUGGGCUACGAUGACAUCGGUGGAUGCCGCAAGCAGAUGGCACAGAUUCGUGAGAUGGUUGAGCUUCCACUGCGACACCCCCAGUUGUUCAAGUCCAUCGGCAUCAAGCCCCCUCGUGGUGUGCUCUUGUUCGGUCCCCCGGGUACCGGUAAGACACUGAUGGCUCGAGCUGUCGCCAACGAGACUGGAGCUUUCUUCUUCCUGAUCAACGGCCCUGAAAUCAUGUCCAAGAUGGCCGGUGAAUCCGAGUCGAACCUGCGGAAGGCUUUCGAGGAAGCCGAGAAGAACUCGCCCGCUAUCAUCUUCAUCGAUGAGAUCGAUUCGAUCGCCCCCAAGCGUGAGAAGACUAACGGAGAGGUCGAGCGUCGUGUUGUUUCCCAGCUCCUGACACUCAUGGACGGCAUGAAGGCUCGGUCCAACGUCGUCGUUAUGGCCGCCACCAACCGACCCAACUCUAUCGACCCAGCUCUGCGUCGUUUCGGCCGUUUCGACCGUGAGGUCGACAUCGGCAUUCCCGACCCAACUGGUCGUCUCGAGAUCUUGCAGAUCCAUACCAAGAACAUGAAGCUUGGUGACGACGUCGACCUGGAGCAAAUUGCUGCCGAGACCCACGGUUACGUCGGUUCCGAUGUUGCUGCUCUCUGCUCGGAGGCCGCCAUGCAGCAGAUUCGUGAGAAGAUGGACCUGAUCGACCUCGACGAGGACACCAUCGACGCUGAGGUUCUUGACUCUCUUGGAGUUACCAUGGAGAACUUCCGAUUUGCUCUUGGUGUUUCUAACCCGUCCGCCCUUCGUGAGGUCGCCGUUGUCGAGGUGCCUAACGUCCGCUGGGAAGACAUUGGUGGCCUUGAGGGCGUCAAGCAGGAGCUCAAGGAGCAGGUGCAGUACCCUGUGGACCACCCCGAGAAGUUCCUCAAGUUUGGCAUGUCUCCUUCUCGCGGUGUUCUCUUCUAUGGUCCUCCCGGUACGGGUAAGACGAUGUUGGCAAAGGCUGUUGCCAACGAGUGCUCGGCCAACUUCAUUUCCGUCAAGGGUCCCGAGCUACUGAGUAUGUGGUUCGGUGAGUCUGAGAGUAACAUCCGAGACAUCUUUGACAAGGCUCGCGCCGCCGCGCCCUGCAUUGUCUUCCUGGAUGAGCUUGACUCCAUCGCCAAGGCUCGUGGUGGUUCCGUUGGAGACGCCGGUGGUGCCUCGGACCGUGUUGUCAACCAGCUUCUGACCGAGAUGGACGGCAUGACUUCAAAGAAGAACGUUUUCGUCAUUGGUGCCACCAACCGACCGGAGCAGCUCGACCCUGCACUGUGCCGUCCGGGCCGUCUGGACUCCCUCAUCUACGUCCCUCUGCCCGACGAGGCCGGUCGUCUUGGUAUCCUUCAGGCUCAGCUCCGCAAGACGCCAGUGUCAUCCAACAUCGACAUUCCUUACAUCGCGUCCAAGACUCACGGCUUCUCCGGUGCCGAUCUGGGUUUCAUCACCCAGCGUGCUGUCAAGCUGGCCAUCAAGGAGUCCAUCGCUCUCGACAUCGAGCGCACCAAGGCACGCGAGGCUGCUGGCGAGGAUGUCGACAUGGAGGAUGAUGCCGAGGACCCGGUGCCCGAGCUCGAGAAGCGCCACUUUGAGGAGGCCAUGCAGAUGGCCCGUCGUUCCGUUACAGACGUCGAGAUCCGCCGAUACGAGGCCUUUGCCCAGCAGAUGAAGAACGCCGGCCCUGGCGCGUACUUCAAGUUCCCCGAAGCCGACUCCGCCGCCGCCAACGCGGCCGACUCCUUCGGCGACGCUGGCAACGAUGAUGGUCUGUACGACUAAGUGCAUGCAUAGUGCAUACACUGUAUGGCACCUCAACCGUCUGUAUUUUAGUCUCCUUGGUUGGUGCGAUCGAAGUGAGGCUUUGGAGCUACUGCUUGGUUCAAGGCUUUCGAGACGAGUCGUCCAUCUCGCACAUCGAUUCAGGCGGAUAAAUGGAAGAAAUCAUCCCCAUUGCAGGAUUAUCUGGGUCAGGGCCAGCUCUUUGGGGUGGGACUCGCGACGUCCUUUAGUGAAAGUGCCCCACUGCCACUGAAGCCGACGGCUCCACACAUAGACUGCGAUCUUGGGAGUUUUCUGGCUGCCUUGGCGCAGGCGAUCUGGAUUACGAUAGAUUUCCUUAAUGAGAGAGUUGCUUUUUAUGAAUGAAAUUGAACUACACAAAA